CAUGGCGUCGUGUCGGAGGCUGCUGCGCUGUUUUCGCUCCGGUUUGUGGACUUUAGUCUUUUAUUGCGUUUAUUCUCACGUUUGGCUCGUUUUUGCGGAGGAGGCGGACAGCUGCGACAGCCUCAAGCUCGGACAGUAUCUCUGCAAAGAGCCAACGAUCGAUGAAGCUACUCAGGAGCCCGAAAACUGCCGGGACAUGACGGCCUGGGGUGAGUGAGUCACAAGACCCAACGAGACCCCAUGAGACCUCACGAGACCCGACGAGACCUCACGAGACCCCACGAAACCUCACAAGACCCCAUGAGACCUGACGAGACCUGAGGAGACUCCACAAGACUCCACGAGACUCCAUUAGGCUCCACAAGACCUGACAAGACCUCACGAGACUCCACGAGACUCCAUGAGACCUGUUGAUGAGACCUGAUUAGACCCCACGAGACCUGACUAUGAGACCUGAUGAGACUCCAUGAGACUUGACGACCAGACCUCACGAGACCUGACGAGACCUCAGGGGGCCUGAUGAGACGACGUUUUGACUGAUGUGACGAUGAAAUAUUGAAAAGAAAGAUUUUGGGUCCCUCUGGACGUCUGAGCUCAUCACUGAAAAGCUGAUGUUCGUUGUUUUCUGCGUCAGAUUUGAUUUAUUUUUAUCUUUUUAAUUUGUUUACUCCGUCAUCGUUAGAGUUAAACAAAAAACUGAUGAUGGAAAUCUGUUAACCAGCUUCUGAUCAAUAACCAACAGAGAAUCAGACAGCUUUAAUGGACUGCCUGUGUGUCUGUGCGUGUGUGUGUGUG